AUGAAUUGGCAGAAGCUGGAGGUGCCUUUAAAAUCCUCCCCCAAGUCUGAGACUCGGGGAGGCGGCAGAGACAGUGCAGUGAUGAAGAUUCCGUGGGGCAACAUCCCAGCCCUGCUGUCAUUGCUGCUCCUAGGUCUACUUGGUGUCUCUGAGGCUCAGAAAAGCUGUACGGGGCACCCAGCCAUCCCUGGUACUCCAGGCAUCCCCGGGACACCAGGCUCCUAUGGCCAACCUGGGACUCCAGGAGUAAAGGGAGAGAAAGGGCUUCCAGGACAAGCUGGAGACCAUGGUGAACUUGGAGAAAAGGGGGAUCCAGGAAUCCCUGGGAAUCCGGGGAAAGUUGGACCCAAGGGCCCUGUUGGCCCCAAGGGAUCCCCAGGACUCCCUGGGGUCCGUGGCCCAAAGGGUGAAUCAGGAGACUACAAAGCCACACAGAAAAUAGCCUUCUCGGCCAAGCGGAGCAUCAGCAGUACCCUGAGGCAGAAUCAGCCCAUCCGCUUUGACCACGUGAUCACCAACAUGAACAACAACUACGAGCCCCGAAACGGCAAGUUCACCUGCAAGGUGCCCGGCCUCUACUACUUCACCUACCACGCCAGCUCUCGCGGGAACCUGUGUGUGAACCUUGUCCGGGGCCGGGAACGCAUACAGAAAGUAGUCACCUUCUGCGACUACGUCCAUAGUACCUUCCAGGUCACCACAGGUGGCGUGGUCCUCAAGCUGGAACGGGAAGAGACAGUGUUCCUGCAGGCCACUGACAAGAACUUCCUGGUGGGCAUGGAGGGUGCCAACAGCAUCUUCUCGGGGUUCAUGCUCUUCCCGGAUAUAGAAGUGUAA